AUGCUGUUUCCCGGACAAUUCUGUAUGCUUUUUUUAUUUGUAUUAGUAAAUGCUGCGGAGCAGGAAGUUUCUGGAAAGAAUAACGGUUGCAUGUGCGGUCACCCCGGAAUCCCAGGAGACCCGGGACACAAUGGAAUGCCAGGUCGUGAUGGCAGAGAUGGGGCCAAAGGUGACAAAGGAGAUGGGGGGGACAUAGGAACAUGUGGAGAAGCUGGUAAAAAUGGUCCAAAAGGGGAUAAAGGAGAACCUGGUAUUCCUGGCAUAGCUGGUAUGAAGGGCCGGCGCGGUGAUAAUGGAGAGCGGGGCCCACCUGGCAAAAUGGGACCCCAAGGUUUCGCAGGGCCUCUUGGCUUGAAAGGUCAGAAGGGAGAGUUGGGUUUGCCAGGACCACAGGGCAUCAAAGGGGAGGAGGGGCCUUUAGGCCCAGCAGGGGCACAAGGUGACACUGGCACUAAAGGAGAGAGAGGCUUAAUGGGUCCUUUGGGUCCCCCAGGACGGCCAGGUCCGAAGGGUGAUUUUGGCCCUCCGGGUAUCAAGGGCAGCAUUGGCGUUCAUGGCGAUAAAGGCUCAAAAGGAGACGUUGGCAAGCCAGGUCCAAAGGGAGACAUGCCUGAGAUACCAAAAAGUGCUUUUUCGGUUGGAUUGACUGAAAACACCAAAAUACCUCCUGCUAACGCACCUAUACGUUUUACUAAAAUCCUCUACAACCGGCAGGGUCACUAUGAUCCUGAGACGGGUCGCUUCACGUGUCCUGUCAGCGGAGCCUAUUUUUUCACUUAUUACAUCACUGUUUAUUCUCGGAAUGUAAAAGUGGCCCUGAUGAAGAACGGUCAGCGAAUGAUCCACACUAUGGACAGCUACCAAAGCGGUGAGGAUCAGGCUGCAGGGGGAGCAGUCCUAGACCUGGAGGUUGGAGACAAGGUGUGGCUUCAAGCGUCUGAUGGAGAGCUAUUUAAUGGGUUGUAUGCAGAUGAAGAUGACGAUACAGUUUUUUCUGGAUUUAUUCUCUUUGCAACAUAAAGUAGGCCUAGCUAUCUAGA